GACAAAUCGUGAUUGGGCCUCCAGGAUCCGGGAAAUCGACUUAUUGUCAUGGUGUUCAGCAGUUCUUCAACGCCAUCGGCCGGUCCUCAGCGAUCAUAAACCUGGACCCGGCAAACGACCACCUGAACUACGAUUGUUCUCUGGACAUUAGGGAUUUCAUAACGCUUGAAGAUAUCAUGGAACAACAAAACUUGGGUCCCAACGGUGGGUUGAUGUUUGCACUUGAGAGUCUUGACGACUCUGUGCAGCUGCUGGUUGACAAGAUCAAAAAAAUCAGUGAAAAAUCGUACGUUGUCUUUGACUGUCCAGGUCAAGUUGAGCUGUUUACCCAUCAUUCGUCGUUGCACCAUAUCUUCAUCAAGCUACAAAAACAGAUCGAUUUGAGACUCUGUGUUGUGAGUCUCAUCGAUAGUUUCUACCUGACGAGUCCAUCGCAGUACGUUAGUGUCUUGCUCUUAGCAUUUCGAUCCAUGUUGCAGUUAGAUCUGCCCCAGGUUAAUGUCAUCAGUAAGAUUGACUUGAUUUCGAACUAUGGGGAGCUUCCCUUCAGUUUGGAUUACUACACGCAAGUGCAGGACCUUUCCUAUUUGACUCCGUACAUAGAGAAGGAAUCUAACUCGGUGUUGGGUAAAAGGUACUCAAGGUUAACAGAGCUCAUUGCAGAAUUGGUUGAAGACUUCAACCUUGUUUCCUUUGAAGUGUUGGCAGUGGAAGAUAAACAAUCAAUGAUAAACCUGCUGACAGUUAUAGACAAGGCCAACGGUUACAUGUUUGGAACUACUGAGAUUGGUGGUGACACCGUUUGGGCAGAGGCGACCAGACAGGGUGGUUAUGAGGAUGUCGACAUCCAAGAUCGGUGGAUAGAUAACAAGGACAAAUACGACGAGGAAGAACGGAUUAGACUUGCAAAACUACAAAAGGAGGCCCAGGAAUUGGAAAAGACCUUCGAUGUUGAAGAUGAGUGGGAAGCAGCGUUAAAAGAUUGGGAAGAAUCGCAUACAACUAUACGUAGAUAGAGGUACUGAAAGUAAUAACAGCACAUGGUAUUUACUGAGCAUUGGUUGAUAGCACUUUCUUUGCGGUGGCGAUAUUGGCACUGGCACUGUCCAGACUAUCCUCGCCGGUGUAGUCCUUCAAGAACUGCUCCAGUGACUCCAACGACUGUUGAAUCUUCUCCCUGAGAAGUGGAAUCAUCUUCUUCGUGUCUUCCAACACCUCAACUUGUUUCUUGAUCUCGUACUCAUCAGCGUCCGCGGACUUCAUGCUCGCAAUCACACCCUCUUGCUCUUUCACCUCAUCGUGAUAUAUGGUCUCUUCCUUAAUGAGUCUUCCAAGCG